ACACUAACAAAAAUAAGAGGUUUCCGCCAUAUUUUCCUGUGUUCAUCAAUAUUGUAUCAACGAAGCAACAUUUAACAGUUUUUGUUUCUUUAAUAACGAAAUCACAAAUUGCGCAUUUAAUUAAAAUGCAUUUUCAAUUUAUGUCAAAAUAAUAAUUUGUGUAUGGAUUAUUUCGAAGAACUAUACGAAUCAAAGUAUAUAAUUAUGAUUCUAUUUUAUGGGAUAAAUUAAGAGAGAAUUUGUAAAAAUAUAAUUUCUCGUACAAAUGUAAUUAUUCUAAAUAAAUUCAAAUUUUAUAUUUUUCAAAAUGAUAAACUCAACCUUGAAUCCUUAUUUAAAUUCAAAUACUUCACUUGGUAUAGAUCAAGCUUAUUUCAGUAUUUUAAAUUUAUAUCUUAAUCCUGUUAUAUUUUAUGCAAUAGCAUGGGAAGCUUAUACAGGAAAUGGUAUUCCAAUAGCCACUUUAGAACCACAUAGUAAUACAACUUUAAAAAUAAGCACAAAAUAUCCAUUACAUAUAUAUUAUCAAUCUAUUGAAGCUGACAGAGUUUAUGAAUAUUGUCAUACAACUUAUACUUUCAAAGAACAUGGUAGUUAUGGAUGGAAUAUAUCAAGUGCUUCUUUGUGUUCUAAUAUUUAUGUAUUACAUGAACCAACAGAGAGCUAUCUCCCAAUUUUAGCAGCUUUUAUAAUAUAUGUUUUAUUAGCAAUUUUAUGGACAACAUUUAAAGUUAUUAUACGAGUAAUAAGAGGAAAAUUAUCACCCAAUAAUAUUUAUGAUGAUUUAGAUAGACUUCAAGAAGCAGAAAAUGCAACAAAUUUAGUAGUUAGAACUACAAAAUUCAGCACAAGAAUACAUUCAGUAGACACAUUCAGAGGAAUUGCUAUACUAUUGAUGAUAUUUGUGAAUAAUGGAGGAGGAAAAUACAUCUUUUUUAAUCAUAGUGCAUGGUUUGGACUUUCAAUAGCUGAUUUAGUACUUCCUUGGUUUGCAUGGAUUAUGGGAUUAAUGAUAACUGUUUCAAAACGCACAGAACUUCGUUUAACAACUUCACGUAUUAAAAUAACUUUAUAUUGUCUUCGACGAUCAGCAAUAUUGAUUUUUCUUGGAUUAAUGUUGAAUUCAAAGGAUAGUGAAUCCCUACACGAUCUUCGUUUUCCCGGUGUUCUUCAAUUAUUAGGUGUAUCGUAUUUUGUAUGCGCCAUAUUAGAAACAAUUUUUAUGAAACCUCAUUCUCAGGAUAUCUUACACCAGUUUGGCCGUUUCGCUAUGUUUCGAGAUAUUUUAGAAAGCUGGCCUCAGUGGUUGAUUAUGGCUGGCAUUGUGACUACACAUACUUUGAUUACUUUUCUUCUUCCUAUAUCGAAUUGUCCAAAGGGUUAUUUUGGUCCUGGUGGAGAAUAUCAUUUUCGUGGAAAAUAUAUGAAUUGUACUGCAGGUGCAGCUGGUUAUAUAGAUAGAUUAAUCUUUGGAAAUCAUACAUACAAUCAUACAGAAAAUUUUCUUUAUGGUCAAAUUUUACGUUAUGAUCCUGAAGGUUUGAUGAACACUAUAUCAGCUAUAUUUAUUGUCUAUUUGGGAGUUCAUGCUGGUAAAAUUCUAUUAUUGUACUAUCAAUGUAAUUCUAGAGUAAUUAGAUGGUUUUUAUGGACAGCAUUUACGGGUAUCAUUGCUGGAAUUUUAUGUAAUUUCGAAACUCAAGGAGGAAUUAUUCCAAUUAGUAAAAGGAUGAUGACAUUAUCAUACGUUUUGAUUUGUUCCAGUUUUGCCUUCUUAUUGUAUGCACUUUUAUAUGUCCUUAUCGAUUAUAAGCAAUUUUGGAAUGGAGCUCCAUUCGUUUAUGCCGGAAUAAAUCCAAUUUUUCUUUACGUGGGUCAUGUUUUAACAAAAGAUUUAUUUCCAUGGUCAUGGAAUAUUGCUGUUCCAUCCCAUGCAUCUCUUCUUGCUAUGAACUUAUGGACAACAAGUUUAUGGACAAUAAUAGCAUAUCUUCUUUAUCGGAAAGAUAUUAUCAUAACAGUUUAAAAAUAUAUGCAUCAAAAUGUUAAAUAUAUUUAUGGCUUAAUACGAAUUAAACAUUUCUUACUUACAAUGUAACAUAACAAUUUAACAUUAUAUGAAAAAAAAACAAGGUAACAUUAUACACAAAGAAAAACAAUGUUUAUAAACAAGGAUAAAUGGCAUAUGUUUGCAUUUGAGGACGUUGUUAAUGUUAAUUAACGAAUAUCGAGCAGGAAAAUAAUUAUAUUAGCUUUAAAUAAUUUUAAAAAUGUUAUUUAAUUUUAUAAAUAAAAAUAAUAAAUAAAUGUU